GAGAUCGGCGAUGUUUGAAGCACGUUAGACGAAAUCUCACGGAUGCGGCGGGAAGAGGCCUCCGCAUCUCAUCCGCGCUACCAAUUCUCUGUCACAGAGUUGAUCUCCGUUUCGUAACACAGUAAACACGUGAUAAAAAAGGACACACCAGGUGAUACCCUCGAGAGGGUUCGUGCAUGUGAAUCGGCCCACGGAGUUGAGGAAAAGGGUGAGAGACUCGCAUCAUCGUCGGGGAUCAUGAGGCCCGGGAAGAGCUGGGCCCCCUUGGCAGCCACCGUACUCGCUACGGCCCUGCUCCUGCAACCUAUCCACGCCGAUGCGCCGAUAUCCGGCAGUUACCUGCCACCGUCGACGAGUUACGGGACGCCGAACUUAGGCGGUGGGGGUCCAUCGUCCACCUACGGCGCCCCGUCGGGGGGCGGCGGUGGCCGUCCAUCCUCUAGCUACGGAGCACCGUCCAGCACGUAUGGAGCGCCGUCGAGCACCUACGGCGCGCCGUCGAACGGCGGCGGAAGGCCGUCGAGCACGUACGGGGCACCGUCCAACGGGGGCGGCAGGCCGUCGAGCAGUUACGGUGCACCGUCGAGCAGUUACGGUGCACCGUCCAGCACCUACGGCGCGCCGUCGAACGGCGGUGGAAGGCCGUCCAGCAACUACGGCGCCCCUUCCUUCGGGGGCGGCGGUGGCGGUGGCUUCGGUAACGGGCUCUCCACCAGCUAUGGCGCACCCUCGCGCGGCGGCGGCUCGAUAUCCUCGAGCUACGGUGCACCCACCGGGGGAGGCGGCGGCGGCCCGUCCACCACCUACGGUGCACCCAACGGAGGAGGCGGUGGAUACUCGAGACCAUCUUCCACUUACGGUACACCUAGCACCGGUGGUGGCAGUUUCGGAGGCUCCGGUGGAUAUUCUGGAGGCGGAGGUGGGUACUCUGGAGGUGGAAACGGCUACUCUGGAGGCGGCGGUGGUGGCUACUCUGGAGGAGGAAACGGCGGAUAUUCCGGAGGCGGUAACGGAGGUGGAUAUUCCGGAGGGGGCAAUGGCGGGUACUCUGGAGGCGGCGGAGGUGGUUACUCUGGAGGAGGCGGAGGUGGUUACUCUGGCGGUGGCGGAGGUGGUUACUCUGGAGGUGGCGGAGGCGGGAAUGGCGGCUACUCUGGAGGUGGGAACGGCUACUCCGGAGGCGGCGGUGGCUACUCAGGAGGCGGAGGUGGUCAGAGCUACGCUAGCAACGGUGGUUACCAAUAUUAAUCGCGAAGAGUCUUCACCCCGCGCGGCCGUCUUCGACCGUGUUUCACCGGCCAUCGAGACGAGAAAAAGUCGACGUCCUCCACCGUCCAAUUCGUCGAGGAUCUGCUUCCGGAUUAACGACGACCGAACGAAGAGGGGACGGAUCGAAGGUGGAUUCCGCGCGGAUCAGAGACCAUCCGACCCUCCCCCCUCCCGUCCCCCUGCCGCCCAACAAGCACCCAGGAAAUCCGCUAAAGUUAAAAGUUUAAACAGUUUGAACGCCGGUGAAGACCGCCCCCUCCCCCUCCCCCCGUUCCGUAAAACAAUUUCAAUUCCGUGUAUCGAUGAUGCGGCCUGAUAUUCCUGAAAGUGAAAAACGAAAGAGGGAGGAAUCAUAAUUGCCUUUCUUUCCUAAUUGCUUUUUUAAGGAAAAUCGUCUGCUAAUAAUAAUAAUGAUGAUAAUAAUAAUAAUAAUAAUAAUGAUAAUAACGAUAAUAAUAAUAAAUUUUCCAUCGAAACGAAAGGAGCGAAAUGGAAAGGCGAGAAUACCUCCGAAAGGAGUAGCAAAGUUUCGUUCCUUCGUCCUUCAGAGCCUGUAAUUUAUUUAUUUUGUAAAAAUAAAUGCUUUUUGUACUAAUAAUAAAGCCGCUACGCUGAAAAAAAAAGAAAAGAA